UUUCCGCCUGCCUGGGGACAGCGAGCAAUCGCACGUGUGGCUGGACCUGAGGGCAGGCCGGGAUCCGCGGGCUUUCCCGGUCCUGCCGGACCAAAGGGUGACCUGGGUUCCAAAGGCGAGCAAGGCUUCCCAGGGCCCAAGGGUGAGAAGGGGGAACCUGGCAGCAUCUUCAGCCCUGAUGGCAGAGCUCUGGGCCCCACCCAGAAAGGAGCGAAGGGAGAGCCAGGUUUCCGAGGACCCCCGGGUCCGUAUGGACGGCCUGGGCACAAGGGAGAGAUUGGCUUUCCUGGACGGCCGGGUCGCCCCGGGAUGAACGGAUUGAAGGGAGAGAAGGGAGAACCAGGAGAUGCCAGCCUCAGUUUCGGCAUGAGGGGCAUGCCCGGCCCUCCAGGGCCUCCAGGGCCCCCAGGCCCUCCUGGGACACCCGUCUUUGACAACAACGCAUUUGUGGAGUCUGGCCGCCCAGGGCCUCAAGGAUUGCAAGGGGUGCAGGGGCCAUCUGGACCAAAGGGCGAUAAAGGAGAAGUGGGCCCACCAGGACCACCAGGGCAGUUUCCCUUUGACCUCCUUCACUUGGGAGCUGAAAUGAAGGGAGAGAAGGGAGACCGAGGGAACACCGGACAGAAAGGCGACAGGGGUGAGCCCGGACCCAGCACUGGCUUCUUCGGUUCAAGCGUGCCUGGGCCCCCUGGCCCACCAGGAUACCCUGGGAUUCCGGGUCCAAAGGGAGAGAGCAUCCGAGGCCAGCCUGGACCUCCUGGACCUCAAGGACCUCCUGGCAUUGGCUAUGAGGGGCGCCAGGGCCCCCCUGGGCCUCCAGGCCCACCAGGGCCCCCCUCGUUCCCCGGACCUCACAGGCAGACUGUCAGCAUUCCUGGCCCCCCAGGCCCGCCUGGACCCCCAGGACCCCCUGGAGCCAUGGGCACCUCCUCAGGGCAGGUGAGGAUCUGGGCCACAUAUCAGACCAUGCUGGACAAGGUGCGUGAGGUGCCCGAGGGCUGGCUCACCUUUGUGGUGGAGAGAGAAGAGCUCUACGUCCGAGUCCGAAAUGGGUUCCGGAAGGUCCUGCUGGAGGCCCGGACACCGCUCCCACGUGGAACGGACAAUGAAGUGACCGUCCUGCAGCCCCCAGUGGUGCAGCUGCACGAGAGCAGCCCUUACACCCGGCGGGGACACUACCACUCCACAGAGCGGCCCUGGAGGGCAGACGACAUCCUGGCUGGCCCUCCACGCCUGCCAAACCCCCAGCCCUACCCCGGGGCUCCACACCACCAUGGUUCCUAUGUGCAUCUCCGGCCGGCCCACCCCACGGGCUCUCCUGCCCACACCCACCAGGACUUCCAGCCAGUGCUCCACCUAGUCGCACUCAACAGCCCGUUGCCGGGCGGCAUGCGUGGUAUCCGAGGAGCUGACCUCCAGUGCUUCCAGCAGGCGCGGGCCGUGGGGCUGGCCGGCACCUUCCGCGCCUUCCUGUCCUCACGGCUGCAGGACCUCUACAGUAUCGUGCGCCGCGCUGACCGCGGGGCUGUGCCCAUCGUCAAUCUCAAGGACGAGGUGCUGUUUCCGAGCUGGGAGGCCCUGUUCUCAGGCUCCCAGGGCCAGCUGCAGCCCGGUUCCCGCAUCUUCUCUUUCGAUGGCAAGGACGUCUUGAGGCACCCCACCUGGCCCCAGAAGAGUGUGUGGCAUGGCUCAGACCCCAGUGGACGCAGGCUGACCGAGAGCUACUGUGAGACAUGGCGGACGGAGGCUGCCUCAGCCACAGGCCAGGCCUCCUCAUUGCUGACAGGCAGGCUGCUGGAGCAGAAAGCCGCAAGCUGCCACAACUCCUACAUCGUCCUCUGUAUUGAGAACAGCUUCAUGACCUCCUCCUCCAAGUAGGGCCUCUACCGGCUGAGACGGUGCACGGAGAGGUGGCCGAGAGGAUAGGCACAGGGCAGGGAGUGUCUGACCAGCCUCUGGGACCUGGCUGGGAUCCUUUCCUGUAUAGUUCACAUUUCAUGUAACCCUCAAGAAAUAAAAGGAAGCCAAAGAGUAU